AUUCUAUCAACAAUAUUGUCAACUGCAAACACAUUACCGUCAGUAGUAAAAAUUGGUGCCAUUUUCAUGGAAGAACAAAGGAAUACAAGCAUUGAACUUGCAUUUAAGUAUGCGGUGCAUCGAAUCAACAAUGACAAAACACUUUUACCACAUACACGACUUGUAUAUGGUGAUGAUAUUUUGUAUGUACAACGUGGUGACAGCUUUCAUGCUAACAAAAAAGUGUGUAGAUUACUUGAGAAUGGUGUUCAAGCAAUUUUUGGACCAUCCGAUCCACAUUUGGGUGCACAUAUACAUUCAAUAUGUGAUACAUUAGAUAUACCACAUUUUGAAACACGUCUAGAUAUGGACACGAAUGCAAAAGAAUUCUCUAUCAAUUUACAUCCAGCACCACAAUUAUUAAAAAUGGCAUUUCAUGAUGUCAUGACGUUUUUGAAUUGGACAAAAGUGGCUGUUAUUUAUGAAGAUGACUCAGGUCUUAUAAAAUUACGUGAUUUAGGUCAUACAUUAAAUCGUAAAAAAAAUCUGGAUGUAACGUUUCGUCAAGCUGAACAAACAACAUAUAUGAAUGUUUUACAAGAUAUUAAAAAUAAAGAAAUUCAUAAUUUAGUUGUGGAUACUAAAGCUGGUAAUAUGCAAAGUUUUUUACGUGCUAUAUUAAAAUUACAAAUGAAUGAUUUUAAAUAUCAUUAUCUAUUUACAACGCUUGACUUAGAAACAUUCGACUUAGAAGAUUUUAAAUAUAAUUUUGUAAAUAUGACAGCAUUUCGGAUUGUUGAUAUUGAAGAUAUUGCCGUACGAGAAAUUUUACGUGAUAUGGAACGAUAUCAGCCACAAACGAAUAUUGGACAUUCGUCAACAGUUAUACAAGCAGAACCAGCAUUUAUGUACGAUGCAGUAUACAUGUUUGCAUUGGGUCUACAAACGCUUGAACAAUCACACGCCUUACGUUUAUUUAAUGUCUCAUGUGAUAUGGAACGCUCAUGGGAUGGUGGACUUUCACUUAUCAACUACAUCAACGCAGCUGAAUUUAAAGGUUUAAGUGGACCAAUUGAAUUUAAAGAAGGACGUCGAAUACAUUUUCGUUUAGAUUUAUUGAAACUGAAACAGCAUGCACUCGUCAAGGUUGGUGAAUGGAGCCCUACAAUUGGUGUAAAUAUCACGGAUCGUGAAGCAUUUUUUGAUCCUGGUGGCAUGAAUGUUACAUUGGUGGUUAUUACAAUUUUGGAAAUGCCAUAUGUAAUGAUGCAUUAUGGUAAAAAUUAUACAGGAAAUGAUCGUUUCUUUGGCUUUUGUGUUGAUGUAUUAGAUCGUGUUGCCAAGGAAAUUGGUUUUGAUUAUAUAUUGGAUUUAGUACCAGAUCGUAAAUAUGGUGCACAAGAUCCUAUUACUGGCGAAUGGAAUGGUAUGGUUGCUCAGUUAAUGAAACAUAAAGCCGAUUUAGCAGUAGGGUCGAUGACCAUCAAUUAUGCACGAGAAAGUGUUAUUGAUUUCACAAAACCUUUUAUGAAUCUGGGAAUAAGUAUUUUAUUUAAGGUAUCAAAAAGUGCUCCAAGUCGAUUAUUUUCAUUCAUGAAUCCAUUAGCUAUCGAUAUUUGGCUGUAUGUUCUGGCAGCAUAUAUUUUUGUAUCGAUGACAAUGUUUGUUGUAUCUAGAUUUUCACCAUACGAAUGGGAUAAAAACUCAAAUGCAGCAAAAGAUAUUGACUUUGAGAAUCAAUUUUCAUUACCAAAUAGUUUUUGGUUUACGAUAGGUACAUUAAUGCAACAAGGAUCUGAUUUAAAUCCAAAGGCCACUUCAACUAGACUCGUAGGCGGUAUUUGGUGGUUUUUUACGUUAAUAAUAAUUUCGUCGUAUACAGCCAAUUUAGCAGCAUUUUUAACUGUUGAAAGAAUGAUAACCCCAAUCGAACAUGCAGAAGAUUUAGCGGGGCAAACUGAAAUAUCUUAUGGUACUUUGGAUAGUGGAAGUACAAUGACAUUUUUCAGGGAUUCAAUGAUUGAAACUUACAAAAAAAUGUGGCGUUUCAUGGAAAAUAAAAAACCUAGUGUUUUUGUUUCAACCUACGAAGAAGGUAUUAAACGUGUUAAAGAAGGAAAUUACGCCUUCCUAAUGGAAUCCACAAUGUUAGAUUAUAUAGUUCAACGUGAUUGUAAUCUAACACAAAUCGGUGGUUUAUUAGACACUAAAGGAUAUGGUAUUGCAACACCGAUGGGUAGUCCAUGGCGAGAUAAAAUCAGUUUAGCAAUCCUAGAAUUACAAGAAAAAGGAGAAAUACAAAUAUUGUAUGAUAAAUGGUGGAAAAAUUCUGGUGAUAUUUGUACAAAACCAAUCAAGGGUAAAGAAUCAAAAGCGAAUGCAUUGGGUGUGGAUAAUAUUGGUGGAAUUUUUGUGGUGUUGCUUUGUGGAUUGGCAUUUGCAGUUGUUAUAGCAAUCAUUGAAUUUUAUUAUAAUUUAAAGCGGAAUGAAUCUGAUUCGGCAAGCUGUGAUACAAUACGUCAUCAAUCUAUGUGCGAGGAAAUGGUUGGAGAAUUAUGUUUUGCAUUACGAUGCCAAGGAUCUCAACAAAAACAAGCAUUAAAACGACAAUGUUCAAAAUGUAUGCAUGGUACAUCCUAUGUACCAUCAUAUCUAGAGAUACCACCAACGACAACAAUAUCAUCACCACCAACAACAAUGAUACCACCAGCACCACCUGCACCACAAACAUGUGCACCACCACCACCGAAAACAAUAACAAUAACAACAUCACCACCACAAUCACAAACCACCACCGAAAAUAUUCACAAUGAAGAAAAACAAUUGGUUUUGAGGCAAACAGUGACAUCUAUGAAAAAAUCUUUGAACUAUUAAAAGUACUGUGUUUUACCUUCAA